AUGGAGCACUUCCGUCUAUUGAUAUUUCAUCAAUCUGUAGCCGAGGGCAAAGCCUCUGCCCUCACGCAUUUAAUGGGUUGGAUUAAAGAUACUAAUUUUGGUGAUGAUGUGGUCUCUUUUUUAGUAACUGGUUGCUUAACUGGUAAUCUUGCAAUCGUCUUAGCUAAUAAACUACUGCCUAAUUCAAACACCGUUUCCUCCUUUUUUAUCAAUUGUGAAGUCACCCAACAAAAAUGUUGA